AUGAAGAAAUGGCAGCUCCUAGCUGAGCUGAACUGGACCGGUGGGUUAGUCUUCGGUGAAUGGAGUCAGUGGACCGAAUGGACACCAUGCAUCAAUGGAGAGAGAAGCCGUGUACGUGCAUGUAGCUCAAAACGGGCAGCUCUACGAAUUGUCUGUCAUGGAUCGGCUAAAGAGGUCCAAAGGUGCUUCUCUAUGGUUGAAACGCAUGUGCCUGUCGCCGAAGAUCCGUGGUCUAUCGAACGUGAAAUCAGUGGCAACUUCAAAGUUUGA